AUUUUGGCAUAAGAAAGUGUGUAGGAAAGUGAAGUGAAUGAGGAAGAAGGAAAAACUUAAGAAAUUCAAAAUUAACAUUUGUAAAGAGUUUUACAAAUUGAGGAUUCAAUCUGGAUUCUGGUUUUGGAUUAAUGCGAAAAUUUGCAAUUGGAUAUUAAGCAUUUGUCGUGUUCGGACCUGUGAUCUGUGUUAUUCGUAAUUUGUUGAAUUUAUAUAUCGGUUUUCCCCAUCAUCAAUAAUUAUCACCAACGAUUGCCAGCGGAACGGAAAUAACACACAAAACAUUUAAGAAAACAAUUGCAAAAUUCCCUUUGGCUAAGGAUUUGCGGCGGUCACACGAGUGCUUUCAUGCACGACGGCUGGCAGCCACAAAAUUCCACGAAAUUCCAUUUUGGCAACACUAAAACAAGUAAAACAAACCAACAACAAUUAACAAUCAUUUACAUCUGUCGCUCUGGCGCCUCUACAACUCCAAUCUUUAUCCUGAAACUGAAACUGAAACUGAAACUGAGCGAAAACAACAAGGAUACGCCGGAUAGGAAUACGGCCCAGAACGACAUCGAAACUUAACGGAACAACGGAGGUACAACUGGCGUCAACAUGGAUCCACAGCAGCAGUUCUGCCUCAAGUGGAACAGUUAUUCCUCCAAUUUGGCAAUAACAUUCUCAAAUCUAUUCAAAUCGGAUCUACUCGCCGAUGUCACACUAUCCUGCGAUGGCGCAGUAUUCAAAGCACACAAACUAAUAUUGGCUGCCUGCUCGAAGAAGUUUGCCGAUCUGUUCGAGAACACGCCCACCAAUGGCCAGUGCGUCAUCAUACUGGAGGCCACAACGCCAGAUAAUAUGGCCGCUCUACUGGAGUUCAUGUACAAGGGCGAGGUGCACGUGUCCCAGGAGGCACUCAACAGUUUCCUCAAGUCUGCAGAGAGCCUGCAGGUUAAGGGACUAUCCACAGAGACCGGUCGUCUGGCCGCACAGCAGGCCCAACAGCAGCACAUGGGCGAUAGUUCGCCGCUAGAUUCGCCCACGGGGCGACGCAGCAUGCGCAACAGCCUCAGUGGCAGCAGCAUUGUGCCGGGCGGAGGAGCAGGCAUUAACCUGGGCAGUGGCUCCGGCGUGAACUCCAUUCCCGGUGGCCUGGGCAAUGGCAAUGGCUUGAGUCUGGCCGGUGCCCUCAGUGGCAUGGCUGCAGCCGGUGGCAUGGCAGCCGCUGCCAGUGUGGCGGCUAGCGGUUUGAGCGCUUUGGCGGCCAGUGCGAAUGCACUGGAUCGUUGUGGCAGUGCCGGGGGCAACAUUAUCGGUGGCACAGCAACGGGCCAUGGACCGAUGAGUGCUGGAUCCGGAACUGGCGGAAACGGUGGCAAUGGAGUGGGUGGCAACAAUGGACCCAUUAGCCUGGGCAGCGGCGCGGGCGCCGCUCUUCACCUGGGCGGAUCGACCGGCAGCUUGAAGCAGGAGUGCGACUCGAUGAUGCAUCCGGGCAGCAGCUCAUCGUCCACCAUGGGCUACACCCAUGUGCCGCCCAUGUACAGACCCAUCUCCUAUGAGCCGCUUCGCAAGCGUGCCCUGCGCAGUCCGUAUGCCGAGCAGGAGCUGCGCGGCUCUGUGCUGCGCGAUGGCUCCAAGAACUCAUCCUCCGAGUGUCCCAGCCCGAUCAACAAGCCACCGUACCAUCGUCCAUCGUCCAGUGCCUCAUCGACGGCGCCCACCGAAGCGGAUACAAUGCACUCCGAAAGGGCAUCGCCACAGUCCAGUCGCUAUGAGAACCACAGUCCCAGCACCACAGCCGGCAACGGCAAUGCCAACAGUGGGCUGGAACGCAUCGUCAAAUCGGAGCGUAACAAUGGCAGUGCCAACGAUGCCAACGAUGAUGAUCGCGAGCUCAUGGAUGAGUCAACAGAUAAUGGAGCUGAGGAUCUGCGCGUGAAGCUGGAGAACUCAAAUUACUCCCCGCCACCGCCGCCGAACUCCAAUACCUCAUCGACCACACCGAAUGCCCUGCUGGAGAACCUCAAGAAUGCAGAUGGAUCGCUGUCGGGUAAUCUGGCCGCAUCCAUUGCACCGGCCGACAUGCUGAACGUGUGGAAUGCGACCAAGAUGAACAACAAGAACAGCGUGAACACGGCGGACGGCAAGAAGUUGAAGUGUCUGUACUGCGAUCGGCUGUACGGCUACGAGACGAACCUGCGCGCCCACAUUCGUCAGCGCCAUCAGGGCAUACGUGUGCCCUGUCCGUUCUGCGAGCGCACCUUCACCAGAAACAACACGGUGCGGCGGCAUAUUGCACGGGAGCACAAGCAGGAGAUUGGACUGGCGGCUGGAGCGACCAUCGCGCCGGCCCAUGUGGCGGCAGCGGCGGCUGCAGCGGCGGCCGCCAAUCACUCACCAUAGGAAGCGGCCGCAACAGCAGCGGCAGCAGUAGUCAUGAGCGCCCACAAGGAGGCGGCAAAGCAGCGUAAACGUAAAUCACUCAAAAUGGCACUAGAGAAGUGCAUGCAGCGGCGGGAUGCGAUGGCCGCAGUGCCCGAAGCGGUAGGAGGGGGCAGCGAGGAGAUGGAGAUGGCGCCAUCACAGGCGUCUGGGGCACACACAAUACACACGAGCGGCUCAGCGGGCACUGAGCCGCCGUUCAGCUACGAGCAGCAGCAACAGAAGAUGCACCACGAGCUGGCUCAGCAGAUCAAGGCAGCGAUGGCCGUCGAACAGGCCCAACGGGCCGAGGCUGAGGCCGAAGCAGAGGCUAUGAACACAACGGCGAACACCACACACACCACCACAACCACCAAUACCACAACGGGCACCAGCGACGGUGGCAGCGGCAGCGAUGCCGAGGCCAGCGAAGUCAGCCUCGAGCGUACCAUGGAGGUGGACGAGUCCGCGCCAGAGCCACAGCCUGGCUCCGAGCUCGUUGUGGUGGAGCCGAAGAUAGAGCCCCUGUCGGACACUGAGGAUGAGGAGGAACCCGAUCAUCUGCACAUGUCCGAGCCGGAGCCGGAGGUCUACAAUCGAAUGCCACACACGCCCACCACCAGCCCCCCACACAUUAUACCGCCCAACGAGACGCCCAUAUUGACCUCCACGCCCAAGGUCAAUGUGGAGCAGUAAGAAGGAGAAGAAGCCAAGCCCCCCCCAAAGAAGCUGCUUACAAUUAGGUUAAGAAUUGACAAACGAUGAACGAAGGAUGAAGCAUAAAGGAGAGUGAUUUACAAAUGAUUUACGCGAUCGAAGAAGAAACAGAUGACUACUGUUGCAACUGCUGUUGCCCUCGGAGACCAACAACCACCAAGCAACAAAGUCCCUGGCCCCCACAGAGGCUCAGGGCAAACUAAUUAAACACAAAAAACAAAGAAUUACUAAUAUUUCAUAAGAUUUAUGACAACAACAAAACACAUUACACACACACACACACACACACACAUACAUCUCACGCACACACACACACACACACACACACACACACGAACAGAAGGCAGUAUUUGAUGUCCAACUUUUUGCAGAAUUUUUCAUUACAAAAAUAUGUUUUAGAAAAGAAUCAACCAAAAAUGAAACAAACUAAAACAAAAAUCAGAUCAGAUCAGAACAGACACAGAAACAGAGUCUCGUAGCACGAGCAUUAAACCAGAACGAGAACCAGAAUCAAAACAAGAGAUUUGUAACAGAAACUACAAAGCAAACCACAGAUAAACCGAAACACUAAACUAACAACCGAACAGAAUAAACUAUAACAACUGCAAUCCGGCUGAAAAAUUGUUUUCAGGGUGCUAAUCAAAGAAAAGAGAAACUCGCAAAACAAAACAAAAAACCAACUGCAAAAUCUGCAAAAUAAUUAAAACUAAAACUUAAAAAAAAACUCGCAAAAAUAGUGAAUGCAAAAAGUUUGAACGUUUUUGACUGGUACAGCCUCAAAUGUAGACAGAAUGAAUACUGAGACUUCAUAUAUUUGUUUUAUUCGUGUGUGUUGAAAGAGUCAAUCGGAUCGGAUUGAUAUUUUUGAUUUCCUAUAGUAAAAAAAAACACACACACAACACAAACUGCAAGUUGCCUCAAAUCAAACGAAACGAAAAGCUAAAAUAA